AUGGAUAUGAGUAGUGAAGUAAAAAGCUUUGGACGUUUUGUCAUAAUUGGAAUCGUUAUUGUGAUGUUCCCUGCCCUGUUUUUUGAUUUCACAGGAGCAACCUCCUUCCUUUUUACUGAAUAUCAGUAUGUUGGAAUUUUCAUGGUUGCUUUUGCAAUCCUUAUUUUCCUAUUUCUUGGCUCUGUUGAGGGAUUCAGCACCAAGAGUCAGCCUUGCACCUAUAACCCAUUGAAGCUGUGCAAGCCUGCUCUUGCCACUGCUGCCUUUAGCACUGUAUCCUUCUUGCUUGGUGCUGUCACUUCUGUGGUUUCUGGUUUCCUUGGGAUGAAAAUUGCUACUUAUGCAAAUGCUAGAACCACCCUUGAGGCAAGGAAAGGAGUUGGGAAGGCUUUUAUCACUGCAUUUCGAUCUGGUGCUGUCAUGGGCUUUCUCCUUGCUGCAAAUGGUCUUUUGGUGCUUUUCAUUGCCAUCAACCUCUUUAAGCUGUACUAUGGCGACGACUGGGCUGGCCUUUUCGAGGCUAUAACUGGUUAUGGUCUUGGAGGAUCUUCCAUGGCCCUCUUUGGCAGAGUUGGGGGAGGCAUCUACACCAAAGCUGCUGAUGUUGGUGCUGAUCUUGUUGGCAAGGUGGAAAGGAACAUCCCUGAGGAUGACCCUCGGAAUCCAGCUGUGAUUGCUGACAAUGUUGGUGAUAAUGUUGGGGAUAUAGCUGGUAUGGGAUCUGACCUUUUUGGCUCGUAUGCAGAGUCUUCUUGUGCUGCCCUAGUUGUUGCUUCCAUUUCCUCUUUUGGAAUUAAUCACGAGUUGACUCCAAUGCUAUAUCCUCUUAUCAUCAGUUCUGUGGGUAUCCUUGUCUGCUUGCUGACUACUUUAUUUGCAACUGAUUUCUUUGAGAUCAAGGCUGUAAAGGAAAUUGAGCCAGCUUUGAAGAAGCAGCUCAUUAUUUCGACUGUUCUAAUGACUCUUGGAAUUGCCGCUGUUAGUUGGAUUGCUCUUCCAUCUUCUUUCACCAUCUUCAAUUUUGGGACCCAGAAAGAUGUAAAGAACUGGCAACUUUUCUUGUGUGUUGCUGUUGGUCUCUGGGCUGGGCUUAUUAUUGGUUUUGUAACUGAGUAUUACACCAGCAAUGCAUACAGUCCUGUGCAAGAUGUUGCUGAUUCCUGUCGAACUGGAGCUGCCACUAAUGUUAUUUUUGGCCUUGCAUUGGGAUAUAAAUCUGUCAUCAUUCCUAUUUUUGCCAUUGCAGUUAGCAUUUUUGUCAGUUUCACCUUUGCUGCUAUGUAUGGUAUUGCAGUAGCUGCCCUUGGAAUGCUGAGCACCAUUGCCACUGGAUUGGCAAUUGAUGCUUAUGGUCCCAUUAGUGAUAAUGCUGGAGGGAUUGCUGAGAUGGCUGGAAUGAGCCACAGAAUCCGAGAGAGGACUGAUGCCCUCGAUGCUGCAGGAAACACCACUGCUGCUAUUGGGAAGGGUUUUGCCAUUGGUUCUGCAGCUCUCGUGUCUCUUGCUCUUUUUGGUGCCUUUGUUAGUCGUGCAGCAAUUUCAACAGUAGAUGUGUUGACACCAAAAGUAUUUAUUGGAUUGAUCGUGGGUGCUAUGCUUCCUUACUGGUUUUCUGCCAUGACGAUGAAGAGUGUGGGAAGUGCAGCUCUAAAGAUGGUUGAGGAAGUUCGCAGGCAAUUCAACACCAUCCCUGGUCUGAUGGAGGGCACUGCCAAGCCUGAUUAUGCUACCUGUGUUAAGAUUUCCACUGAUGCUUCCAUCAAAGAAAUGAUCCCACCUGGUGCACUCGUUAUGCUCACCCCCCUUAUUGUUGGAAUACUUUUCGGUGUCGAAACUCUGUCUGGUGUUCUAGCAGGAUCACUUGUAUCUGGUGUACAGAUUGCCAUCUCUGCAUCUAACACUGGUGGCGCCUGGGACAAUGCCAAGAAGUACAUUGAGGCUGGUGCCUCUGAGCAUGCAAGAACUCUUGGUCCUAAAGGCUCAGAUCCACACAAAGCAGCUGUUAUUGGGGAUACCAUUGGAGACCCAUUGAAGGAUACAUCUGGACCAUCACUAAACAUCCUUAUCAAACUUAUGGCAGUUGAAUCGCUUGUUUUCGCUCCAUUCUUUGCUACACAUGGAGGCCUGCUUUUCAAGAUAUUAUAAAGAUAUGGACUAUGAGACAAGCAAGACAAAAAGGGUCCGCCAUUUCUGAUAGUUUCUGGUUCGUUAUAUAUCCUUGUUAUAAUUUGGCAAUCAAAGAAUAUGUAGUUCAUAGUUCAUGUUGACUCUUGAAUUUUGUCUGUCAUGUUGUUGAAUGGUGGGGAAAAUUUUCCCCUUUUAGAGGAUUUUGAUGUCAAUGAGGAUCCAUCGUAAUGGUGAUAAAUGGUGAAGAAGUGCAGUAUUGCUUUUUCUAGAAAGUA